GACAGGUGCCAAUUAACUACGGAUCUGAAAUCGUAUCUGGAAUGAUUAUAUCAUCGCAGAAGCUCCUCGUAUCGACAACAACGCUCAAUAUCAAUACAUUCCCGACAAUAUUGAUUCCUUCCGAUAACGGAAGCGGCUUCAUUGAGGGAAAAAAAGUAAAUACUCUUGCAGACCCACAUGCUACCACUUAAUCCAAAUAUACAGUGAAUAAUGUCGAAAAAUUCCCUAUCCAUAAAGCUUCCUCCUACUCUUUUCUGACGCCCGAACUUCGAUACCACAACUACUUCUGAAAGCCUUUCUAAAUUGUGGCCCCCCUCAAUCUGGAUCAAAUUACCCACUGCGAGUAUCCAAAAUGUCAAAUCUCUUCCCUUGCGCCCAUGUUUGGUUCCAACAAACCCAGGUCGGAAAGCUCCCCCCUCUCUAUCUCAGCAGUCGCCCCUCGGAGUCAAAAUUGAAGCACAUGGAACACCACUGGUAUCAAAUUAUUCAACAAUACCGCGAUAUGCCCGGAGAGAAAGCAUUGGACAUCAUUAUGCUUCAAGAGGAGCUAGAGAAGGGGAUGUCGAGGGAAAAGAGAAUAGCGGUGCAGGAAUAUGUCUUCAAUGUUGAAGAUCCAGAGAGAAGAGCUAUGUUGGAGGUUUGGUUGGCAAGGUUUCCGGGAUUCAUGUUGAGGACCGAUAGAUUAGUGGAUUUCGGAGUUGCGGAUACGAGAAAAAAGGUCGGGACUCGAAAUGGUUGGCAAUCAUGGCUUGAGGAGUGGAAGCUCUGGUAAUUUGAGCCUGAGAUAUUUUUAUGUAGAGGAGAUCGAUUGGGCGUUGGUUGAUGCGAGGUAUAUAAAGCAGUGUGCUUGUUUGCGCUGGUGUAAUCGAACAGAUGUGUUCAGCGAUGGGGUUCAAUCUUGGAAAGGGCAAGAAGAUGGUGAAAGCCAAUUAUCAUGCUGCAAAUACAAACAUUUUUGUCUAUGAGUUAUCUAUAUAGCGAGACAAUAUAAGCACGGAGUCCUCUUGAGCA